CAAGAUGCAUGUCUCUGUGGUCCUUCUCUGCCUGGCCCUGGUUGUGUCUGUGUCUGUGUGUCACCCUCAACGGGGUCGUCCCCUCAACGGAGUCGUCCAGAUGAGGAACAACAUCAAGAUGCUGGCCAUGAUCACUGUGGUCCACAUAAAGAAUUAUCUGACCGAGUUCAACGUUCCCCCAGAGAUGGAUUUCAACCCCAUGGACCCCCCCAUUGAGGGCCUGGCCUCCAUCUGGGUCCACCUGGGGGACCUAGAGGAGAGUCUGCAAGACAGCAGGUGCGGUCAGGUGUAUGAGGACCUGUCCAGCAUGCGGGGGUGGGUGUACUCCUUGUCCCAGGCUCUGGGCUGCCCUGCCCUGGUCAAGCCUGGCGGAGAGGCCCUGAAGACGGUCUAUCAGAGCCUGGUGGAGGGCCAGAGGUACAUGGAGAAGAUCAGUCUCAACCUGGACAAGCUCAAGAUCUGCUGAGACCCCACGCACAGGCGCAGUCAGGCAGCCGGAUAGCCAGGCACACACAGAUGCAUAGUUUAUACACACACACACAAAGUGGUAUUCUAAAUUAUUUUUUGCUUUGUUCUUUCAAUGUCUAUUGUCUUAUCAUUAUUAUGAAUAUAUAAUUGUUAUUAUGCUCAAAAACAGGUGCGCAACUUUCACUGAUACAACUG